AUGAUAAAAAUAUCUGAGAAAAUAAAAAAAAUCGAAUUAAUAUCAGAUGAAAAUGACAAAACUUUUAAUUGGAAAGAAUUAUAUUCUAAUAUACUAGAAAAGUUUGAAAUAAAAUUCGUACCAGAAUCAAUACCAUCAGAAUUAAAGCCGUCAAAAGUACAGAUCUUUGAAUGUGACUUGGUCAUUAAUCUUAACGAUGUAUUCAAAAAGCAUAAGAAUGAAAAGAAUGAGAUUAAUGCACACUUUAUUCGUAUUUAUGCUGAUGUAGUUCAGCUUUCGAACAAUUCUUCAGAUAAUCCUUCGAACGAUUCAUCUUCGGAUAAUUCUUCACCGGGCAAUUCAUCUUUAGAUAGUUCUUCACCUGACAAUUCAUCUUCGGAUAGUUCUUCCUCGGGCAAUUCACCUUCGGAUAGUUCUUCAGACAAUCCUUCACAUAAUCUAGAAAUUAAAUUAACAAAAAACCAUACCGUUAUUUUGAUAGUUGCAAGACGAUUUGAAGUCAAGCAAGGAUAUCAAAUUUCUAUUAAUUUCGAGGAAGGGAUGCAUUUCGAAUUAUUGAUAUAUACUAAGUACAUGCCAGAACUUUUCGCUAAAAUUGAAAAAAAAGAUGAUAAACAAUAUCAAUUACUGAUUUAUACAGCAUCAGAACCUAUAAGUAAACAUGAAGAAAAAGAUCUACAAAUUCAUAAAAUAAAUAGUUCAAAAAUCGGUGGAUUAAUUUCUUUACAUAGCGAAAAAUCUAAAGAAAAACCUAUUCUAGACUUUAAAGAAAUACCUAAUUUCGAUAGCAUAAUUCUUCAAAGAAAGUCGUUCAUUAAAAUAUUGCGAUUUUCUUUACAAAUUGCGGUCGCUUUAUCUUAUAAUGAUACGGAUACUACUUAUAAUGAUACUUAUGAUAGUACCAAUGUUACACAAUCAAUACUCAAGUGGAUUACUGAUAUAUGCGAAAAAAUGAAAGACAAACCGGAAAAUGAAUUUGAAAUGACAAAAAAGUUAUAUAAUAAUGCAGUAACUAUGCAAAAACAAUUAAAAACAAGAAACGAUAAAGAGAAUAGUAAUUUUAAUUUUGUUCCACAUCUUAAAAUGAAAGAUUACAAAGAUCAGAUGUAUAAGUUGUGGCAAUUUGCAGAAAGCUAUGAAAAACGAUAUUAUGAAAUUAUGAAAAGUGAGAGUAUUGAUAAACAAAGGUUAGAAGAGUUAAAUGAUAGACUACUGAACCAUAAGGAUACAGCCGAAAUGCAUACAUUUUUAAAAGAAGCAGAAAAUAAAAAACUUGAAUCGGCAGAAAACUUGAAGAAAAAAACUGAAGAGAAUCUUCAGGUAUCAUUCGAAAAACUUGGAACAGGAAUUGACACUUGGCUGAAAGAACAAAAAGAUUCUGCAAAAAAAGAAUUAUUUUUCGCUGUCGUUGAUUUAUCUUUAUGUAUUGUUAACGUUGUUAUGUCGCCUGGAAACAUUACAAAUGCGGUUAAUACUGCAAAAGGUGCAAUCGAUGCAGCUAAGAAUGUCAUAAGUGAUAUGAAUAUGAAAGAAAUUGAAAACUUUGAAACUACGGCUCAAGAUGAUAUUCAAAAGGGCCAGGAACUAUUUAAUAACCUAAGUAGUAAGGCUAAUAAAAUCGUAGAUAUUACAAAGAAACUAAAAAGUACCGAAAAUACUGCCAAAGAUCUACAUGUACAAACGAAGAAUAUGAUUAGUGAAAUCACAUCAUUAGACGAAAAAAUUGACGAAAGACUUGAAACAGAUCAAAAAGGGAUCAUGCUAGACAUUGAUUUGGAACCAAUUAAGGAGGGCGUUGAUAAUCUGUAUAAAUUCUUAGAAUCGAUUGAAAGUGAUAUUGAUGGUGCCAAAGAAUAUUUAGAAGCCUUAAACAAGUAUGUCGGAUUUAUUGACAAAUAUGCUAAAACCAAGAUCGACGCAAAUGAAAAACGUGAUACCGUUUUACAAUAUGAAAAGCAAGAAGAAAUAGAUGGAAAAAUAGAACAUCGGCUUAAAGAAAGGAUUCAAACACUCGAAUUAGAAACUAAAUCACGAAAUAAUGAAUUUAAACUUUUAUUAUUCGAACACCUUAUCAAUAUUAGAUACUAUAUGACUUUAUUCAUGGAAAAGUAUUGUCAUGCUUUCAGAUAUUGGUCCCUAUCUGAAUCCAAAUUGGAACUUUCAGUUCUUAAAAAUUUUACUGAAAUCGAUGUUAAUAUAAUGUUUAAAGAUCUUGAUGACAUUUCCAGUAGUAAACCUCAACUAAAACGGACUACUAUCGAAUUUGAUGAAAAAAUUUAUAUUGAUAAAUUCAAACAAGAUAAAUCUGUUGAACUUACGAUUAUGCCGGAUUGUCGUAAAUUAAAUAAGUACGCUCGUCUAAGAAUUCAUGCAUUUAGAGUAUAUUUAGAUGGUGCUGGACCUGAAGGAGAACAAAUUGCUCUUUUUAUUAGACAUUCUGGCAAAUUUUCUGACAGAGAUAAAAAAAAUCAAACAUAUGAAUUUAUGUCAGAAUCUUCAAAAAGAGGAUUUGAAUAUAGAGUAUAUAAUGGUUAUGAUCACAAAUUUGAUAUAGACCCAAAAUAUAUAGAUCUCGAUAAUAUAUACUAUGAUGAACAAGAUAAAGAGUAUCACUUUACUCCAACGCCAUUUAGUCAAUGGACAAUUAGCCUUC